CGGCGGCGGCGGCGGCGGCGGCGGCGGCUGGGGCAAUAGCAGACAGCAGUAGCGGCUGCAGCGGCAGCGCUGGCCGCCCUCGGACCUGGGGCUGGGGCAGCAGCGGCAGCAGCAGCGCCGGGGGCUGGGGGCUGCGGGCGAUGCUCGGCUGCUUUGGUGUGGUCUCCACAGGCUGGAUUGCUAUGGAAUAUGAUGAGAAGCUGGCUCGGUUUCGACAAGCCCACCUCAACCCCUUCAACAAGCAGCUGCCUGGCAGGCAGCAUGAGCAUUCAGCUGACAAGGAUUCUGAGGAUCUCUCUCCUGAAGACUCACCACUGGAUCAGCCCCAUCAGGAACCGGAGUUCAGGUGUACUGAACGCAUGAUGGACCUGGGCUUGGCUGAGGAUCACUUCUCUCGUCCUGUGGGUCUGUUCCUGGCUUCGGAUAUUGAGCAGCUCCGGCAGGCCAUUGAGGAGUGCAAGCAGGUGAUCUUGGAGCUGCCGGAGCAUUCUGAGAAGCAGAAGGAUGCUGUCGUGAGGCUGAUCCACCUGCGGCUGAAGCUCCAGGAGCUGAAGGAUCCCAAUGAAGAUGAACCCAAUAUCCGCGUCCUCCUUGAGCACCGGUUCUACAAGGAAAAGAGCAAAAGUGUCAAGCAGACCUGUGACAAAUGUAGCACCAUCAUCUGGGGCCUGAUCCAGACAUGGUACACCUGCACAGGUUGCUACUAUCGUUGUCAUAGCAAGUGCCUGAACCUCAUCUCCAAACCCUGUGUCCGCUCAAAGGUCAGUCACCAGGCAGAGUACGAGCUGAACAUUUGUCCGGAGACUGGCCUGGAUAGUCAGGAUUAUCGCUGUGCUGAAUGUCGGGCGCCAGUGUCUCUACGGGGUGUGCCUAGUGAGGCUCGGCAAUGUGACUACACUGGUCAGUAUUACUGCAGUAACUGCCACUGGAAUGAUCUGGCCGUCAUUCCCGCCCGAGUCAUCCAUAACUGGGACUUUGAGCCUCGGAAGGUAUCGCGAUGCAGCAUGCGCUAUCUCACACUGAUGGUGUCCCGGCCAGUGCUCAAACUACGGGAGAUCAACCCGCUCUUAUUCAACUAUGUGGAGGAGCUGGUGGAGAUCCGGAAGCUGCGGCAGGAUAUCCUGCUCAUGAAGCCAUAUUUCAUCACUUGCAAAGAGGCCAUGGAAGCUCGCCUCCUCUUACAGCUCCAAGACCGGCAGCACUUUGUGGAGAACGAUGAGAUGUACUCCCUGCAGGACCUAGUGGACAUCAACAUUGGCCGCCUCAGCUGCUCUCUGACAGAGAUCCAUACUCUCUUCGCCAAACACAUCAAGCUAGACUGUGAGCGGUGUCAGGCCAAAGGCUUUGUAUGUGAACUCUGCAAAGAAGGUGAUGUACUUUUCCCCUUCGACAGCCACACAUCAGUAUGCACAGACUGCUCUGCUGUCUUCCACAGGGAUUGCUACUAUGACAACUCUACCACAUGCCCCAAAUGUGCUCGGCUGAAUUUGCGGAAACAGUCACUCUUCCAGGAGCCCAGUCCAGAAGCUGAGGCCUAGAAUGCUGGCACUCCUGCCCCAGUGCCCUGCCAACACACCAGCCACUGCCAGCACCAGAGACAAGGCGACUCCCUCGUGACUCAGGGAGUAACUAUGCUGCUGGCUCUUCUCCCUGAGAUGUGAACGAAGCAAACGAGGUCACGCAAGAGCACUCUUUUGGAGUGAAGAAAUGAGGGCGAUUCUUGGGGACCAUGCUGUGGGGACUGUGGUAUGAGCUGGUCCAACUGGGCAGAGGCGUCCACAUUAGUCUCAGCAGCUGUGUUGGUGGGAAUGGAGUGUGGGGAAGAUGUCAUCUCCCCAAAGAAGCAGAGCCCAGCCUCCCUUGGGGACCCGGAUGCAGUGGCCAGGGACUUAUUGGCAUCUCUUCCUACUUGGAGUGUGGACAUCUGUGUAUAGACCAGGUCCUACCUCUGGAGUAGGAGGGAUAGCAAGUUAGCUAUUAGCAGGGACACCGGGGAAAGUAAUCAAAACCACCCAAUGAAUCUGGGCUAAUCAAACCCUCAGACCUUGAGGUUGUGAGGAACUUCUUCCCUGAGAUCAUCCAUAGUUUCCUCAAAGGAAAAAUGGGCUUUAUCUAGUAUCCCUCAUACCACCGCCCUCCCUGGGACCUGUAGCCUUUUGAAGGCUGCUCGUUUUAUUGGCUAAGGCUGUUAAUUUUCAUCUAAUGUUGCCCCAUGUCGUUUCGAGGGUCACCUAGCCAAGUGGGAAAUUUCCUUCUUAUUUAAGUCCUUUUUUGAGGGGAGGGGAAGCCCUUCAGGGCUAAUAGGUACUGCCUGUCUUCUAUUUUUUGCAUAAUCCAUCUAGCCCUUCUUGCCUCUGCCCACACCUCUGCCAAGGGUGGAGGAAAUAGGUGCUUCUCUUGCUGGGUGACAUGACAGCCGCUCUUCCUUCUUUGGCUCAGUUAAACUUGUUUCUUCAUCAUACAGGCAAGAGGAGCGCAGCACCUUGAGAAGGGGUGUCUUGGACCCCAGAUAGUAAGUGCUGGGAAUUGCUCUGUGCAAUUACUGAAUGAAGCCUGAGAAAAAGAUUGUUAGGGGAGAGAGAGAGAUGGAACAUUCUACAAAAGGCAAUCUUCAUAUUUCUCUGGACCAAAUUGCCAUCCGGGAACCUUGUUUUUGCCACUCUUGUUGCCCAAAGAGUUAGACACUAGGGCUGGGGGAUGCAGGACUGGAAACCACAAGGCCUUUCCUGAAUAUUUGGCACUUGUCUUUUUGUUUACAUGUAGAGCUGAGACAUGCUGAUCUCACUUUCUACUCCCUCAAAAAGCCCAAGUCUGGGAGCAAGCUGCUUUAUUCCCUUCCACAAAAGAUAAGUGGGGACAAGGUAGAGAAUGGGGAUGGAAAACUUCAAUAAGGAACUUUUGUAUUUGGUAACCAUUUUUCAUUUGGAGUUAAGAGGCUUUAUCUGUUUUAGGACCUGUAUCAUUCAUCUUCUGUACCAGGCUUUCACAUUUCUUGGGCUUGGGCUAUAGAGAGGGCAUAGGAGGAUUGUUUGUUCUGUCUGUAGAAAAGUCCCUGAUGGAGACUAGAACUGAGUUUCUGAUCCAUACAGUAAAGGGGAAGGGUUUCAAAUACUUGGUGAAAGAAGAAGUGACAGUGUCUUUAAAAGGAGAACCAUGGCCUCCUCUACUCAGAGUAGUCUCUGAAUACCCCAAUCGUAAAACUGAUAGGAAAGUAUCAACUUUUGUAUCAGGGGGUAAGUAUCUGAGUCAAAGAAGGAACGUGGAAGAAAGAUCUAUGGGUCUCUGGUAUCCUCUAGCUGUAGAGAACUAGGUUGGAGUAGUAUGUGGAUUAUCUAGAUUAUUAACAGGUGGCUACAACCUGUUUCUCUAGCUGUGGUAUCUUCAUGCCCUUAACUCUCCUUUCCUUUCUCUGUACACAUUACCAUGCUUGAGAUGGCUUUGUGCUUUGGUUCUCCAUGCAUAUAGUAUAUAAAGUCAGAAAAGUAGCUGUAGGACAGGAUGGAUUGUGGCUCCCCUCUGUCAUUCAUCUCCCUUUCUGAUGAGAGCAAAUGAGGGGAUUUUUUUGUGUAGACAGAAAGUAAGGUGGCUUCUUGGCCCAAUCUGCAAACUGGAUAAUAGCAACAUAGCCCAGUUAAGUCUCUGAAUCUCAAUCAUCUCUGAAUCUCAAUCAAUCCUCCUCCAUUUAUAUUGUUCCUCACUGGAGCAUGUCAUGACAAAAACACAAGAGUUAUGUUCAUCUGCUCAAAUUCUGUUGCUUUGGGCUGAUCACUUCACCUAUAUCUCAAUUUACCUCAUUUGGAAAAUAAGGAUAGUAAUACUGACCUACCUACCUUGUGGCGGGUCUAUGAGAAAAUUAAUGUUGGAAAAGCACUUUAGCAGACAAAGCGUGCAAUAUGAGUGCUAAAUUUAUUUUAUUGGACCUCAUCUCUAUCUCUUUUGCAAUAGAAAACAUGAAGAAUCAGCUGACUACUUUAAAAUAGUCUUUGAUUUUUUUUCUCCAUUCCCAAAUCUCCACAAUUCUUUUCUAUAUGACACUUCUGAUCAUUGAAUUUUAUUUCCCAUUUACUCUGUAAUAAGAAUCAUAUGUGUUAUUGGGAUUUUCCUGUCAUGUAAUAAGCAUAAAAAAAGAUCACUACCAAAAAAAAAAAAAACUACUUCACACAAAAAUAUCAGUAGGUUAGCAAAUGUUGGAAAAAGUUUACUGUUUCCUCAAAAACCCAGCCUCCAUUUCUCCUGGUGGAAUGAGUCCUGCUUUUCAAUCAGAUCAAGGGUCCUCUAUAUAGAAUACUUUUUUUGAUGUUCUCCCCAAAGACCAUAUUUACAAAGGAAAAAAUUAGUAAGGGGCCAGUUGGUAUAUGUAACAGACACUGCAUUACAUGAUACUUCUGUAGACAGAUGGGAAAGGCCUCCAAGGAAAACAAUGGGGGGCUAGCUAGGCUUUGUGGCAGUAUCUGCCUUUGGUAAGCACAAAGCCAGACUGUUCAAUGGCAAGCAAAGUGCCCAAACACUUGCCUGAAAAAUGGAUUCAGCAGUUAUAUUGAUUAUCCAAAUUACUGUAUUAUUAAAUAAUUUUAAUGUGCA